ACCUAAAAAUAAAAUAGUAACUUGCUAACACAAUGGUCCCAUCAAUUUAUAUAACUUAAAUCAUAUUUUUCUUUUUUACUUAUGUUCCAUGAGGUGCUCUAAACUUCAAAAUGGGACCAAAGACAAUGUUUUGAGUUUUCAUCCUAAACUUUGAGGUAAUGGAACUUCUCUUUCUUUUUUUAACCACCCUAGGACCUCCGUCCCUUUUGCUCGGGUUGGAAAUGAGGGGUGCUUAUCAUUCGAACAACUCCUUCUUAAGCAGUAGAUAUACUUUUUUCAUUUUCCACUUUGACAUCCACUAACAUUAUUCUACUAUUACUAAAACUACUAAAACUAUAUCUCAUGAUGGAGGCUGUCUCACUAACCCCUUUUUAUUCUUCUUUCUUCUUCUUCUACUACUACUCAACUUCACUUCUUAUUAGUCUUCCUUCUAUCCAAUCAACUUCACCAUGGAAAUUGAAUCAUCUCCAACACCACCAUCUCCUCCACUUAAAACAUAUAAACUAACAGCUUCUUCAAUAGGCUAUUCGAAAUCAACCACGAUUUCUCCUGCCUUGUUAUUUAAGCCUUGUGAAACACCACCACCAAUUAAUAUCUUGAAAAACAUCUCUUUCACUGCUUAUCCUUCUCAGAUUCUUGGUAUUGUUGGUCCGAGUGGGGCGGGAAAAUCCACGUUACUCGACAUUUUAGCUGCUGGAACUUCGCCUACAAGUGGCACUCUUCUCUUAAACUCUCUUCCCCUUCAUAGUCCUUCUACUUUCCGCAAGCUCUCAGCUUAUGUCCCUCAACAUGAUUGUAGUCUUCCGCAGCUCACUGUCUCGGAAACUUUUGCCUUCUCUGCCCGUCUACUCAACCCGAAACUCAAUGAUGUUUCGUGCAUUGUGGAUUCUCUUCUGGCGGAGCUCAGGCUUACACAUUUGGCUCAUACAAGGCUUGCUCAUGGCCUCUCGGGUGGAGAACGAAGACGUGUUUCGAUUGGUUUGAGUCUACUUCAUGACCCUGCAAUCUUACUUCUUGAUGAACCAACAUCAGGUCUUGAUAGUAAUUCAGCUCUGAAUGUAAUGCAGACACUCAGAUCAAUCACCGACUCGCGUCAACGUACCGUGCUGUUGUCUAUUCAUCAACCAAGUUUCAAGAUUCUUGCCACCAUAGAUAAAAUCCUGCUGCUAUCAAAAGGAACUGUUGUCCAUCAUGGUACAUUAUCAUCUCUUGAAGAGUUUUUGCUUGAAAAUGGCUUCACUGUCCCCCCACAGCUCAAUUCUCUUGAAUAUGCCAUGGAAAUGCUCAGCCAACUCAAUGAUAAAAAACCCAUUACACCAAUAAGUUCACCCCAUCAAAAUCCCACCACCACCCCUGUUCCUGAGGCUUCUAAAACAGGGGAAAUCAAAUAUAGAAGUUCAAGAUUACAUGAAAUAGCUGUUUUGUACAGCAGAUUCUGGAAAAUAAUUUACAGAACAAAGCAGUUACUUUUAACAAACACCUUACAGGCAUUAGGAGUUGGUCUUGUUUUAGGUACAAUUUACAUCAACAUUGGAUUUGGUAAAGCUGGAAUCGAGAAAAGAUUCGGACUUUUCGCUUUCACUCUCACUUUCCUUCUCUCUUCCACAACUGAAACUCUCCCAAUCUUCAUAAACGAAAGACCCAUUUUACUAAGAGAAACUUCAAGUGGGGUUUAUCGAUUAUCUUCCUAUCUCAUCGCAAACACACUAGUUUUCCUCCCUUACUUACUAGUCAUCGCAAUCUUGUACUCAAUUUCACUUUAUUUCUUAGUGGGUCUUUGUUAUUCAUGGCAAGCAUUCACAUACUUCGUUUUAACAAUUUGGGUCAUCGUCUUAAUGGCGAACUCAUUCGUCCUCUUCUUAAGCUCUGUUGCACCAAAUUACAUCGCCGGAACUUCGCUCGUAACUCUACUCCUCGCCGGAUCUUUCUUGUUUUCCGGCUACUUCAUUACGAAGGAGACGAUGCCUAAGUUCUGGACAAUGCUGCAUUAUUUGUCCAUGUACAAGUAUGGUUUAGAUGCAUUGUUGAUCAAUGAGUAUUCUUGCCUUGUCGCCAAGUGUUUGAUAUGGUACGAUGAGAAAAACAGAGUGUGUAUGGUGAGUGGAAGUGAUGUUUUGGAUAAAAGAGGACUCCAUGAAAAUGAAAGAUGGACAAAUAUAUAUAUCUUGAUUGGGUUCUUCGUAUUCUAUCGAUUGCUUUGGUUGAUUGUAUUGAUUAGAAGAGUUUCAAGAUCAAAAAAGUGAUACAUCACUUUCAUGGAUUGUCAAUUUAUCAUGUUUGUUUUUUGCUGUUUCUCUAAUCAAUUUCAUGUAACAAAAAUAAUAAUUCUAACAUUUCUUUUCUUUCUUCUUCUUCA